CUUCACCCUGGGAUUAUUGGCCACAUGACAACACUGGGCCGGGCUCCCAGACAGCCUUUCACUCUGCUCCACUCACUGAGGCAGUCUCUGUUCUGCAUGGCGGGUUUACCGAGAGCUGGAGAUCUCCAAACUUUUAAUCUGUCUGGAUUUGUAAAUAAAGUGGAGAGCAAAACACCUGUGAUGGCGCAGGACGAUACAAGUUUAACUGGAGGCAGCUGUUUUGAGGAGCAAUCGCCCUGUUGCUCAGACUCGGAGGCUCUGAGUCAAGGCGACAGAGAUUAUGAUGACAUCCUGGAGCUCAAUCAGUUUGAUGGACUUCCCUACUCCUCUAGGUUUUAUAAACUGCUAAAAGAGAGGAAGGAGCUGCCAGUGUGGAGCGCAAAGCGUGAAUUUAUGGACACUCUGGCCAAAGGACAGUUUGUGGUUGUCAGUGGCUUUGCCAAAAGUGGAAGGAGUUCUCAAAUUCCUCAGUGGUGUGCUGAAUUCUGCCUGUCAGUCCAGUUCCAGCACGGCAUGGUGGUUUGUACUCAGAUUCAUUCGCAACAGGCCGUAGAUCUGGCUCUCAGAGUGGCCGAUGAGAUGGACGUGAACAUCGGCCAUGAGGUUGGAUACACAAUCCCUCUGGAGACCUCCUGCACCAAUGAGACCGUCCUCAGGUGGUACUGCACGGAUGACAUGCUUCUGAGGGAGAUGAUGUCAGACCCUUUGCUUGAGCGCUACGGCGUGGUGGUCGUGGACCAGGCCCACCAGAGGACUGUAGCCACUGAUGUGCUCCUGGGCCUGCUGAAGGACAUCGCCAUGCAGAGGCCAGAUCUCCACGUGGUCCUCCUUUCAGCCGUUGCCCCAGGCCCCAAGCAGCUAGCACUCUUCACCGGAUCAGCACUGCCAGUGAUCCACCUGGAGACUCCAGACGUCGGUGAGGUGGUGUACAGCAGUACAGGGGACAACUACUUCUGCGCCGCCCUCCGUCUGGUGCUGGAGAUCCACCAAUCAGAAGAGCUGGGGGAUGUGAUUGUGUUCCUGGUGACGACGCAGGAAAUAGAUCUAGCCCAUGACAUCCUGUGUCAUGAGGGGCGCAGCCCACCAGGUCAGGGGGAGCUGCUCCCAAUUUCUGUGCACCCUGGCCAGACGGGGAGCCUACAGAUCCUGGGGGAGGAGGAGACGACGCGGACACGGCGAGUGUUCCUCACAUGCAGCCCAAACGAGGACUCUUUCUGGGCCAUUAGCUCGAUAAACUUUGUUAUUGAUACCGGGCUUGAGAGAAGACAUAUUUUCAACCCCAGAAUAAGAACAAACUCAGUCAUCAUUCAGCCAAUCAGCACGGGUCGAAGCGAGUGCCGCAGACAGCUGGCGGGUCCAACAGGCAGGUGUUUCUGUCUCUACCCAAAAGAGAGACAGCUUCCCGCAGAGGUCCGUCCUCGAAUCAUGGAGUCUGACAUCAUCUCCACUGUCCUCUUCCUGAAGAGGAUGGAGAUCGCUGGACUGGGUCACUGCGACUUCAUCGACAGACCAGAUCCUGGAGGUUUGAUGCAGGCUUUGGAGGAGCUGGACUAUCUUGCAGCUCUGGAUAAUGACGGCAACCUGUCCGAGAUGGGCAUCAUUAUGUCUGAGUUCCCCUUGGAGCCCCAGAUGGCCAAGGCGGUUCUGGCCUCCUGUGAGUUUGAUUGUGUCAGUGAGGUGGUCAUCAUUGCUGCGAUGCUAACAGCACCAUCUUGCUUCGGGGCCCCUCCUGUGGAUCUCAAGCCUGAGGCGAUCCAGAGCUAUGUGAAGUUCCAGCAUCCAGAGGGAGAUCAUUUCACUCUCAUAAAUAUCUACAAGGCCUUCAAACAGCUCCAACAGGACCCAUACUGUAAUGAGGAGAGGUGGUGUCAGGAUUUGUUCCUGAACCACGCCGCUCUGCUGGUGGCUGACGCCCUUCACUCUGAGCUCACAGACACUCUGAAGAGAAUUGAGCUGCCCAUCUCAGCGCCUGCGUUCGGCUCCCGAACAAACACCAUUAACAUCAAGAGAGCCCUCCUCGCAGGUUUCUUUAUGCAGGUGGCACGGGAUGUGGACGGAUCAGGGAACUAUUUCAUUCUGACCCAUAAGCACGUAGCUCAGAUCCAUCCUCUCUCUGCUUACGGAGCCAAGAGCCCCAAACUGGGCCUGCCAGAGUGGGUGCUGUUCCACGAGCACACUUUCUCAGAGGACAACUGCCUCCGAACUCUAACUCACAUCACACCUGAGGAGUUUGUUCAGAUGGUUCCACAGUACUUUUUCUACAACUUACCAUCCAGCGAGAGCAAAGACAUCCUCCAAAGCAUCCUAAACCGUGAAGCUUCUCUGUGCCAGAAGGGCAAAUCACAUAAAGAACCUCCGGAGGACCAGACUACUGAUCGCUGUGUCGUUCAGUGACUGACAGUCCUGCUGUUCAAAUAAGCCCGAAGUCUUUUUAUUUUUUUUUGCACUAAACUGUACAGCAGUGCCACCUGCAUAGCUAAAGUAUCGCUAAAUCCCAGGAUUUACUUCCUUCUGUCUGUGCCCCUCAGCUGUCUACUUUAAUCUCAUUGUUAAAGAUCCAGAGUGCUCUAAUAUAUGAAAUAAAUACUAGUUCUGAUGCAA